AUUAGUCUCCACACGCACCAGUCGGAGAUUAUUCCACUUUGCACAGUCCGUGAAUCUUCGUAUAUAUUCCUUCCAGUGAACGGAAAAAUGUCUGGUGUUAGCAAGAUUUUUGCUCGUGAAAUAUUUGACAGCCGUGGGAACCCCAGUGUUGAGGUUGAUAUCACAACAUCCAAAGGGCAGUUUCGUGCCGCUGUUCCAUCAGGUGCAUCUACUGGAAUUUAUGAAGCUUUAGAGCUCCGCGACAAGGAUCCAAAAAGAUUUCUUGGAAAGGGUGUUCUUAAAGCUGUCGAGAAUGUCAAUAAUAUCAUUGGGCCAGCACUUAUUGCAAAGAAUGUGGAUGUGACAAAACAAGAAGAUGUGGACAAGGUAAUGCUUGAGCUGGAUGGAACUCCCAACAAAUCCAAACUUGGUGCGAAUGCAAUCCUGGGAGUCUCACUGGCAAUUUGCAAAGCAGGAGCAGCACACAAGGGGGUACCCCUGUAUAAGCAUAUUGCAGACCUGGCAGGCAACAAGGAGGUGAUUCUUCCUGUACCAGCAUUUAAUGUUAUCAAUGGAGGAAGUCACGCUGGGAAUAAACUUGCCAUGCAGGAAUUUAUGCUCUUACCAACAGGGGCCAGUAAUUUUAAGGAGGCAAUGAGAAUGGGUGCAGAAAUCUAUCAGAACCUGAAAAGUGUUGUAAAGAAAAGAUAUGGAAUUGAGGCUGUUAAUGUUGGUGAUGAAGGAGGCUUAGCUCCAAACAUUCAGGAUAACAGAGAAGGUCUUGAGUUGCUCAAUGUUGCCAUUGCUCAAGCUGGUUACACUGGUAAGAUCAAAAUUGGCAUGGAUGUUGCUGCAUCAGAAUUCUUUAAGGAAGGAAAAUAUGAUUUGGACUUUAAGAACCCAAAGUCUGAUCCCUCAAAAUGGAUAACUGGUGAACAGUUGGGCAGUAUGUAUGAAGAUUUUAUUGCCAACUAUCCAGUGGUGUCUAUUGAAGAUGCAUUUGACCAGGACGACUGGGAGCAUUGGAGUCAGUUGACAGGAAAAGUAGACAUUCAAAUUGUGGGGGAUGACUUGACAGUGACAAACCCAGAACGUAUCAAAAUGGCUGUGGAAAAGAAAGCGUGUAACUGCCUUUUGCUGAAAGUGAACCAGAUUGGUUCAGUCACAGAAUCCAUUGAGGCGUGCAAGCUUGCUCAGAAAAACGGCUGGGGUGUUAUGGUGAGUCACCGCAGUGGUGAGACAGAAGAUACUUUCAUUGCUGAUUUGGUUGUGGGUCUGUGUGCAGGACAGAUCAAGACAGGUGCUCCAUGCAGGUCUGAACGAUUGGCCAAAUACAACCAGCUUCUCAGAAUUGAAGAGGAACUUGGAGCUGGGGCCAAGUAUGCUGGAGAGAAAUUUCGCAAACCACUGGAAUGAGCCAAAAGACAAGAUAAAAGCAAAUGUAGUGUGAAGUGUGAAGCUUUGUCAAGAUGGCUUGCCAAGGGAUGGGAAAAGAAAUGUGUUAGACAGUGCAUCAAAUAACAAGAAUUUUCACUAAAGUUAAAGAAAGGAAAAUACAACAAAUGAAUUGUGAUUGAUUUGCCUUGUAACUUCAUUAUGGACUUUAACCCUUUGACUCGUAAUAGUGACUAGUAUCUAAUUUCUUUACAUUGUCACCUCUGAGUUAAACAUGAAGCAAAUUUGAAUAAAGGAAAUGACCACCAACUAAAGAA